CAAUCUCUGGUAAGUUUGAGUACCAUGUUCUGACGGAUUAGGCAGCAACCAACAAAACAUAAAAAGUGGUGUUUUUUCUAAGAAUUAUGUGGGAUGUCCUACCUAAGAGCACAAGAAGAGAUAAGGAAAAGGCAGAGGGAAAGAGAAGAACUUCGCAAUGCUAGAAGGCUGGAAUUUCAAAGAACGCAAAAACAAAAAUUAAGAGAACAAGCUAAGAAGGAUGAAAAUUUUAACAAGUUAAUGGACGUCAUGUUUUCGGAGGGAAAAGUUAACUUCGAAGCUUUAACAGAGUUUCGUGCCUUUUAUAUGAAAGAAGUCGGCAGCAACAGACAACUCUCUAAUCUCCGCCGAACUUUGAUUAACCAAAAUGAAGAUGCACGUGCAGAGUAUGAGAACAAGUUGGAAGAACUAGAAGAAGGAGAAGCUAUUCUAGAACAUAAGAAAAAGGCGUUAAACUUAUUAGAUGAAAAAUUUCAUACCCAAAAAAAGUCAUAUGAAGAACAAGUAGGUAAACUUCGACAAGAGCUUAUAAAAUUAUCGGACUUUUCUCAAGAAGAUGAAAAGCUCAACUCUACAAUAGAGACUAUUAAUAGAAAUGAUGAAGAAAUUCGAUACUUAAGUCUGAGUUUAGAAGAAGUUAAGGAAAAGGAACUUGAAACAGUUAUUGAAGCUGCUAACAAGCAGCCACAUAAAGAGAUCAAAAAGAUCGCCACUCUGGAAGAAAAAGUCUCGGAAUUAAAGGCAUUUCUAAGUAAAGAACAAAAAUUUCUGGAACCUCUUGAAAAAGAGGUUCAAGAAUUAAGCAAUUCUGAAAGCAAAAAGCGAACCAACAUACUCGAGCUGGAUAAAAAAUCUGCAGCAUUGAAAGAUGAAAUCAAGAAAGUCGAGGUUUCCGUUUCAGAAGUAUCAAAUAAGAUAUUGAUGAUAAGAAACGAAAAUGAAAAACUUUACAGAUCUCUUGAAAGAAUAAAGUUAAAAAAAAAGUAUGGAAGUUAA